AUGAAACGAACAAUAUUGUUGAUACUAUUGACUCUAUGUAUUAACCAAUGUCUCAGUCAAAAAGGUUUCUCGAAACAAUUUCAAGCAACAAUAAAUAUAACUGGAUUACAGUCAUGGGAUACAUCACUGGGCGUUCAAAAAUUAUUGUACGAUUAUGAAAACUUAAGAGCUCAUAUUGAUAUUGAAGGUUGGCGAGCACAACAAAAGGAAGUUUACAUGAUUAAAUACAAGCCUGAAGGUGCUGAACCAGAUUCCCCAGCUUCGCAGGGUUAUACAUUGUUCAAUUUCAAUCCUGAUUAUCCAGAGUUGACCAAAAAUAAUUGUUGGUACAGAACAGAUCCAAUGGGUGAUACAGGCCCAUUUCCAUGGACCUGGUUCCAUGAUUCAAAAUAUGUCGUUGAUGAACAAGAUCAUACUAAAAUUCAACCGUGGUUUCCAUUACCAUCAAAUCUUAUCAAUAAGGGUGAAGAAUGGAUACCAGAAGUUCAACUAAAUGCAAUAAGAUAUGAUUCACCGGAAAUAUGUGAUUUAAAACGAUCUGGUAUUGGUAAAGUUCCAUGUUUAAGCUAUUUUGAAACAGAAGAUAGACCAGUUAAAACUAUUCAUGCACGUGCUGCUGCCGUAGGUGGUUACGACAGUGACGUAUAUACAAGUACGUUUUAUUUAACAUUUAUCCAUGGUAUUUCGCCAGAGGCAGAACAUUUAUUUGAUUUACCAAAUCAAUGGCCCUCUUAUUGUGGCAAUGCAAAUACAGAUCCUAUGCAUGGAUUUGUAGUAACUCCAGAUGGUCCAGAUCAUUUUUCAUUGAAAUUAAACACACCACCAGUUCGUUCACUUGGUAAUCAAGUGACAGUUGAGUUUAAAGCACAACCAAAUUGGUAUUACAAUGGUACACGAUGUGCUCAAUUUAAUUCAAUUAUUUUCGAUAAAGGAAAUUGGAACAAACCACAACAAGUUGAUAUGUCUUUUGGUGAUUAUGGUUGUUGCACAUAUGCAAUUACUGCAAAUGGUGGUGGAUAUGAAUGGCAAUAUCAAGUACAAACAUUUGUUGUUUAUGCAUGUGAUGGAGAAGCUGGAUAUGGCUGCAAAGGCAAAGAACCAUGUGGAGCCUGA